AAUAAAUAAAGGUGAAAUAGUUUCUCUCUCUACUUUCUUCUUCUCUCUCUCUCUAUCUGGUUCAUCUUCAACCUAAAGAAUCUGCAUAUUUUACUUUUUCUCUUGGUAUUAGAGCCUCAUCAAUGGCAGACUUGCAUACAAUCCUCACUGUCUCUCCAUUUCCCAGCAACAUAAUAAAGCUGGAUGAUUCGAAUUACUCAGUUUGGUAGUCACAAAUACUUCCAGUGAUUAAAAGUCACAAACUCACCAAAUUUCUGCAUUUUUCUUCUUAUGAUGAACAUGUAAAGAGAAAUCGCAACAACAAUGGCUUAUCAGAUGCAACAUCCAUUGAUUCUUCCUCAAGCUGCUCUGUUUUUUAUCGUGAUGAUUGGGAGGUACAAGAUCAAUUCCUUGUAGGCUGGUUACGAGGAACAAUUGCUAAAGAAGUUAUUGGUCAUUUUCUUUGAAAAGAGUCAACAUAUAAACUCUGGUGUGCAAUUGCCGAUCGAUAUGCAGCUCGUUCUCCAACUAGAAUUCUUCACUAUCGUAAAUUGCUACAGAACACCAAGAAAAAUGCUCUAUCUGUUGAUGAUUAUAUUCUUAAAAUGAAAAACUUGGCUGGAAACCUAACAGCUGCUGGUGAUAAUGUCUCUGAGACAGAUCUAGUGAUGUACAUUCUUGGAGGACUUGGCUCCAAUUUUCAACCAAUCUCAACAAUAUUGGAGAUUCAACCAUAACAGUAUUCUCUAGAGGAUGUACAGCAUCAUCUUUUAGCUUUUGAGUCUAAAAUUGAUGAACUUAACUCAGCUAUUAACUAUGAUGCUACACAUAAAGCUGCAUAUAUGGCUACUGGCUCAAUUUCUUCAUCUUUUGGUUCUAGUUCUUAUGAGCCUUUAUCUUCUUCUUAUGGAUCUGGCAUGCCAUUUAUGGCUCAUUCUGGCUUAGGAGUAACCAAUCCUUACUCUAUUCAGCCAAGUUUUUCCCAAUAUAUUGACUCCUCUCUUGGAGAAAUUGAUUCCACUAAUAAGGUUUUUAAUGUGAUGCAUGAUUCCCAAUCUGUUGGUCGAAGUUUUAAUAAUUUCUCAAGAGGUAGAGGUUUUAAUAAUUUCUUCAGAGGCAGAGGAAGAAAUUUCUUUGGUAGAGGUGGUGCUCGAUCGAAACCAACUUGUCAACUCUGUGGUGUCUAUGGUCAUGUUGUAGCUGAGUGCUAUAGACGGUUUGACAGCACUUUUCUGGGACUAAAUGUUGGUAAUACUGUUUCUGAGGUUUCAUAUCCUCCUGCUCCUCCUGCUCUAAGUAAUUUUACUGGUCAAUCUUUUACCUCACACCCUUUAUACAGUUCAUUAGCUCCAAUUUUCCUUCUCAGUCUUUACACAACCAAGCCACUUUGACAAGUGCUUCUUCUACACCAGGCUCCUUCAUUCGAUCUCAAACUGAUACACCAUAUUGUGAAUCACAAACACCUUUUCCAUUGCCUGCUUCACACUAUCCUCUACCUUUUAGACCAAUACCACCACUGUUACAGUUUGGCACUCUACCACAAGUUGCAGUCACUACUUCUUUUGCACCUUCAGUUGGUCCACCUAGCCAACCUGUUCCUUCCUCUUUGCAAGCCCAAAGUCACAUGGUUCAUUCUAUUACGCCAACUACAGCACCACAAACUUCUGCUCCAGUUGUGGUUGUAUCUGACAAGUUUGCUGAUCAUUGUCAAUCAGCUUCACCGAUGACAUUGCUUGAUCCAGCUUGGUAUCUUGACAGUGGUGCUAUAGAUCAUGUAGCAGUUGAUGGAAAUGCUCUUUUGGAACAAAUUGAGUAUCGAGGAUCAUCAAAGGACUGUACUACUCAAAGGUGUGCUUGAUGAGGGCUUAUAUAGAUUGAUACUUCCAAAAAAGGAUCAUCAUACCAGCAUCUCUUCCUCAACUUUUCUGUCUUCUCAUGGUCCAAGCAAUAUUUUCAAUUCCUCAUCAGACUCUUCUUUUCAAACUACAACAACUAGUUUCGUCUUUCCUACACAUGAUACUAAGAUGCUUUCUGAUCUUGCUGCAAAUUGUAAUACUGAAUCUUCUCUUAUUUUGUCUUCAAAUAAAGAUUUGUCCUGUAAUGUUCGUGUUUCAAAGUCAAUUGUUAGUUCAACUUUUCCUUGUAAUCUAAUAUCAGAUUUUAAUUGUAAUUCAUCUUCAUCACAGUUUGUUGUUAGUGAUAUGUUCUCUGAACAAUGUGAUUCUACUAUCAUCAAUAAAAACAAUUUUAUUUCAGUUUUACCUUCUUCUUUUUCUUCUACUAAUUCAACAUCUUUGGCUUCUUUUUCAGGAACAAACAUGAAUGCUGAUGUAAAUAUUUUACAUCAACGAUUUGGUCAUCCAUCUUCACAUGUUCUUUCUCAAAUUUUACCUUUUUGCACACAUUCUUCUACUCCAACCAUUUCAAAUUUGUCUUUCUGUUAUGCUUGUUAGUUUGGUAAACAGCAUCUUAUUUCUUUUCCUUCUUCACGCUCAAGACCUGCAGCACCUCUUGAGUUGAUUCAUACAG